AACGUUUUAGUAGGCCAAUGAAAACAUAAAACACAGAAUCAUGGGUUUUGUGAAAAAUGCUGCAAUUGUGCUGUUGACAUGCGUAUUUAUUGCAUACAUGCAAAACAUAUUUCAACCUAAACUCCCCCUACACAUGAAAGGUGGAUCCGACAGCAAGUUUUUCAGAAUAGGCCGUGAAUUCAAGACCCUUAUCGACAAUGGCAUGAUCGGUGGAGCAUUUGCGAUCUAUCAUCAUGGCAAACCUGUUGCCGAUAUUUGGGGCGGUUAUGCCGAUGUUGAGAGUCGCAGCAAGUGGCAAGAGAAUACGAUCACCAUGGUGAUGUCGACAACAAAAGCCGUUGGGGCUGUUUGUAUUGGUAUGCUGGUGGAUAGAGGUCAAAUUGACUACGAUGCACCUGUAUCACAAUACUGGCCAGAAUUUGCCCAGCAGGGAAAAGCAGAGAUCACUGUCCGGAUGUUACUUAAUCAUGAGGCAGGCCUUCAUGCACUUGAUGAACCGGUCUCCCUUGGUGAUCUCAGAGAAAACCCAAACAAAGUUGGAAAAUCAUUAGCAGCUCAAAAGCCAAGCUGGGAACCAGGAACAAAGCAUGGUUACCAUGGCUUUACACACGGCAUGUACCUCGAUCAGCUCAUAAGACACACCGACCCAAAGAAGAGAGGCGUGGCUGAAUUUUUCAGAGACGAACUAUCUAUUCCAUUUGGUAUAGACUUCUUCAUCGGCCUUCCAAACGCUGAAGUCUAUCGCGCUGCACGCAGUUAUGAGUCUCUCUUAGUUGGCUUUUAUGAUGCAAUAGUUAGUGGAAGUUGGGCAAUGGUGCGGGCCAUGAUCAAAGGCCUAACAGAUCCGGAGUCUAGCGUUGCAAGAGCUUUGAAUUCAGUGCAAGGGUGGCAGGACAUCCAGGUGAAUAAUCCCGAUUACAGAGCCACCCCACUCUCCUCAGCCACUGGGAUGGGAACUGCAAGAGGCCUGGCAAAACUUUUUGGAAUCAUCGCCAAUGGAGGAAAAUUUGAGGGGAGGACGCUCGUCUCAGAAAAAGUUAUAAAAGAGUUCCAGAAUACGAGCGUGACGAGGAUUGAUGAAGUUUUGUUUCACGAGACGACCUAUGCUCAGGGAAUGAUAACUCGGAAGAACCCUCAGGGUCAGCUAGUAUUUGGACACCAUGGCCACGGAGGACAGUACACUUAUGUAGAUGUUCACAAUAACUUGGCAUGGACUUUUAUCACAAACGAUCUCAAGCCAUACCAGCCAGGUCGUGACCAUAGGCAUGAGACAUUGGUAAAAGCUAUGUACAAGUCUAUUGGUGUGGAAUAGACUAGUGCUACGAACAUUACAAUUUUGGUUUGGGGGGGGGGGAGACAAGUGGGUGGGGUGGCCCUCUGUCUGUGAAACUGAGCGCACAUUUGUGAAAAAUGUGAAAUUCAUAAUUUCCAAUUGUGUAACCAUUGUGUAGACAUACAGGUACUAUACACGCUAAGUCAAAUGCAUAAUUACUGCACUGUGACAUGUAAAACGGCCUUCCUUUUUUCCGGGACCACCAGUAAUUACAAAUGGCAUACUCCUUUAAAUUUUGGAGAAUAUUGCUCCAGUGAAUAAUGGGUCAAAAAGGUAAAUGAAAAUUUCAACUUUUAACUGUUGAUUUUUUUCGACUUGUCAUGAAAAUGCUUAAUUUAGACAUUCCAAAUUUAGGUAAUAAUUAUUUUGACUUACCUGUGCCAUAAAAUGCUUUUGAAUAUUCCAGUGUUAGUGUGCUACAUGUACAAGUAUCAACCAAGCAUUGUUGUACAUUUUACAAUAAAUUUAUACUUUAUAUAUAGUCAUUCA